GCUGUGCUUGCGGUUUCAUUGUGUAACUGUGCGAAAGGCGAAGGUCUAGGCAGCAGGGGCGGCUUACAGAAAUGGAAGAAGAGGAGGGUUGCAGGUGUCAUCUCCUAGAUUUGCCCUGGGAGGAUGUGCUGGUCCCUCACAUCUUUUGCUACCUUCCCCUGCGUCAGAUAGUCAGACUGCAGAGAGUGAGCAAGCAGUUCCAAGCUCUCGUCCAGGUCCACCUGGCCAACUGUCGCACAUUUGACCUCUCUCAGGUUGGACCAUCUAUACCCAAGGAAGUGUUUUAUACCAUGCUCAGGGACAACAAAGUCCUGCAGAACCUGGCACUCCAGAACUGCUCUGGUUGGCUGACCGAUAAGGAGCUGCUGCCAGUGAUUGGCCAGAAUCAGCACUUGCUACGGGUCGAUCUGAGUGGCUGUGCCCGGCUGAGCCGCCACUCCCUGGUGGCCGUGUCCCUCACCUGCAGCCACUUACAGCACCUGGGCCUGGCGCACUGUGAGUGGGUGGACAGUCUUUCCCUGCGCAGCCUUGCCGAUCACUGUGGGGGAUUGCAGUCCAUAGACCUGACGGCUUGCCGGCAACUCAAAGAUGAAGCUAUCUGCUACCUGGCCAAAAAGUGUCCAAAGAUAAGGUCGCUGUCAGUAGCGGUCAAUGCCAACAUCAGCGACAUUUCUGUGCAGGAGGUGGCGAAGAACUGCAGAGAACUGGUACAGCUGGACCUUACAGGCUGUCUUCGGGUUAGGAAUGACUCCAUCAGGAUGGUCGCAGAAUACUGUCCGAAGCUGCAGUCUCUGAAGGUGAACCACUGCCACAAUGUGACGGAGUCCAGUUUAGGCCUCCUGCGGAAUAGGAAUGUGCAGAUCGACGUGGAGCCGCCCCUGCAGAGAGCUCUGGUUCUGCUGCAAGAUGUCAUUGGAUUUGCACCUUUCGUCAAUCCUCAAAUCUAGGCAAAGAUCUCCAGCACCACUCAGCUUUUCAAUCUCCAGAUAGUGCACAGGUAUGAUUUACACUGCGUGAACCCUAAAGAUGUACGCUGGCUGGUGUUUGUAAGAUACAGAAUCUGUGGUCAGUGCCGUAACAUUGGUUGCUAUUAAUCUGUAUAAAAGAGGAGAAACCACAAAAAGGCACAACACCAUGCAAUUAUUGUCACUUUCAUGACUUUGUGGGUUUGCACUUUAAUUUGUAUUUCUUGAGGUGACACAAUAUAUAUUUUUAUUACAGGGCACAAAAUUCACUCACAUGUUGGUCCACCACAAAAAAAAAUCCACAUUAUAAUAAGUUUAAAAAAUACAAAAUAGAGAAAUUAACUCAAAUACUUGUGCUGCAGUUAAUAUGACUCCAUUUUAAACUAAGGAUCACUGUUUAAAAACAUGCAAAACAACUGAAUAUUAAGCAGUGCAACUGUACUUAAUACUACUGAAACAUGUCAAAAAACUAAUCUGCUGUAGUAAAGAGAGGAUGCAGGAUAAACACACUACAUUGAAAGGAAACAGUGGAAGUAACAUUAUUAACAUGAAGAAAAAAAUCUCAAGAAGAACAAAAAGUCAGUUUUUUUAAGUGAAAAUCUGUCUGGUACUCAGAAAUAAAUGUCUGAGUUAUUCAAUAUUGUUACAGAGACUGUUUUACACAAAUGGAAAAAUGGCAUAAUAAAGUUUUGUGUUUCAGUAGGACCUUACUUUGGAUUAUAGAAGUCUCUGAUGUCUAACUGCUUAGUGUGGUACUAGCAGAAAUUGUGCCUUUUGGUAUCUUCGUAAACUGUGCUUAUCUGUUGAGCUAAUGGCAGUGACAAGAGCUACAAAGUUAUUUUUGUCACUGAGAAAUGUAAUAUUGUGAUGCGUUUCACAAAGGCAUCAAAAGAUUUACUUAAAACUAAUGUAAACAGGUACACAAAACUCCAGCUCCCCCAGUCACACAUUAUACAGUAGACAGUACUUGAUGGGUUUUCCCUUUGCUGACAGAGAAAAGGGGAUGUGUCCAUUCAAAAUGACAGGGACAGAACAGGCCAAGUGGUCCAAGUCUUGGCAUUGCCUAGGCCUUGGCCUGACCCCAACUGGAUGAGUCAAAGACCAGCCAAUAAGGAAAUCUAAUACUGCAAUAUAAAGCCAAGUAAAAAAGUGACUCCUAUUAAGAUAUAUAAGAUGUUGGAAAAUGAGCCAUUCCCUAGGACUGGGAAUUGCGAUGCUGGAGUAGACCUUGAUCUGCUACCCUUACUUGUGCUCAGGACAAAUCCUUUCAAACUGUUUCAGUGUAUGACUUGAUUAUAAAAAAAGACACCGUGCACUUUUCAGUAUUUAAGAAGAAGCGUGCACACUUGGUGAAAGGCAUUUCCUUCCCCCAGUACAGAGUCCUGAGAAAUGACUUUCCUCAGAGGACUACAGUGAAAAGAUCAUUUUUUUGAAUACCAGAGUCAUGUAAUAUAUAUAUAUAUGGUGGAAUCUACCACCCCAUGAAGAAUUGGAUGCCUGGUGUGUUCUGUGCUUCCACAUUGAUGCAUGUCAGGAGAUAGUCGGCCACCUUCAUUACUGAUGUAAGAAUGUAGAGAGGAUAAGAUGUUUGAAAAUUGCAGACAGGCCUGCAUGGAAGACAAUGUUCAGAAGACAAGGUGACAGUGUCCCUUGGAUCCUCAGGCCAUUGAGCUGCUAGUAACUAAACAAGAAUGCAGGUUUAAUUACCUCAUCCCUGUUAUAGUACAAGUUAUUUGACUUAUAGGGGUUUAUAUGAUGCAGCCAUUUUCCUAAACGAUCUGGGAGAUUGACAUCCUCUCAUGUACACCCUGCUAACUGCCUUUACACAUGUUCAAUGCUUCUACCCAGUAGAAAUGUACUAUACUUUAUUAAGAUUAAUGAUCAAAUUCGAUUUUUUUUAUUUUAAAUUAUUUGAGUAAAGUAUAAAAUUCAGUUUACCCUGAAAAACCCUUAGCACUGUAUUGGGGACAUCUAGUAGUAAAACAUGAAUUUAAAUGCCCGGCAGUGCCAAAGAUACCUGCAGUAGAUGUCUCGAAUUUAAACCUAAAAAUAACCUUAAACCUAGACUAAAUGCAUCAGUG